AAAAGCCGCCGCAGACGCCGCCGGGAUCGGGACCUGCUGGGCGGCGGAGGACGGUGCUCUGCCUUGAAGUUUGCGGAUCGAAGCUCGCCCACCCUGCCGGCGUAGGACACUCCAUCGAGGGAGCCCCGACGCGCCACGAUGGGGAACGUCUUCGAGAAGCUGUUCAAAAGCCUGUUCGGGAAGAAGGAGAUGCGGAUCCUUAUGGUGGGCCUGGACGCGGCCGGGAAGACCACCAUCUUGUACAAGCUGAAGCUGGGCGAGAUCGUGACCACCAUCCCCACCAUAGGUUUCAACGUGGAGACGGUAGAAUACAAAAACAUCAGCUUCACGGUCUGGGACGUGGGCGGCCAGGACAAGAUCAGGCCGCUGUGGCGUCACUAUUUCCAGAACACGCAAGGCCUGAUCUUCGUCGUGGACAGCAAUGACCGGGAACGGGUGAACGAGGCCCGAGAAGAGCUCACCAGGAUGUUGGCCGAAGACGAACUCAGGGACGCGGUGUUGCUCGUGUUUGUGAACAAGCAGGACUUGCCCAACGCCAUGAACGCGGCGGAGAUCACGGACAAGCUGGGCCUUCACUCCCUCCGCCACCGGACCUGGUACAUCCAGGCCACCUGCGCCACCAGCGGGGACGGGCUCUACGAGGGGCUGGACUGGCUGGCCAACCAGCUCAAGAACCAGAAGUGACCCCCUCCCACCGCCCCGUCCCCGGGCCCGGCCUCUGCUCGGGCCCGGGGAGGGGACCAUCUUUCUCACACACUGUGCCUUCUACACGCUGUAAAAAAAAAAAAAAAAAAAAAAAAAAAACCACCAAAAAAACGAAAAAAAACCACCCUCGCACUCGGAACGCUACCUUCCACCUCGACGGCUUCGAACGUCGCCCCCGGACGGGCGGGUGAGAGCCGAAGGCGGCCGGCCGCGGCGGAGGAAGACGGGAGUCGAGACGCUGAGGCCCGCGAGCCUCUGGUCGGACGGGGCCCGGCGGGAGGGACGCGAGCCUUUCGGUCCUCCCUUCUCCGGACUCCGAACCCCCGAAACGGAGGCCCCCGGGGCGAGGAGGGAGGCCCGCAGCCGCGGUGGAGGUCGGGUCCGUCUCUCCCCCUCUCGGCGUAACGGCUCGGCCCCCCCCCAGGGUGUCCGACUCGCACGGGCCGUCCGCUCUCCGCACCCUCCCCCCGGCCGGGCCCGAAGGGAAGCCCUUCGGAAGGGGCGCGCCCCCCGAAGACGCGGGUGGUGGUCUCCGGGGGCCUCCGCUCGGGGCCGGGCGUCCGCCGAGGGCUUGGAAAGGGGGUCGGAGUCAGAGGGCGGGCGCUGACGGCGCCCUCCCUCACGGCCCGAGGUUCGCUUCCAUUCGGGGAACCGAAGAUCCGAGCCGGCAGCGGGCGGGGGGGAGGGGGACGACGGCGGGGGCAGCCCGGAGGGUCGUGUCGGCGGGGGAGCCCGUCCUCGGGCCCGCGUCCCACCCGGAGCCCCGGGCCACUUUUUAGAACACGUGUUUCCGUAGAAUUUACUUCUCCGUGAGGGAUGCGUGUGUGUGUGUGUGUGUGUGUGCGCGCGCGCGUCGGGUUCCGUAGUAUUUACUUCUCUGAGGUGUGUGUGCGUAUUUCUCUGUAAAUUAUGUGUGCGCGUCUCCGCCUCCGCUCCCGACGUGAGCUUAGAUUAGAUCUCCCUCCGCGCCCUCACCCGGGAAGGUGCCGCCCGGGGACCGGCCAGAUCGGUUUGCGGGUGGCCUCCCGCAUUUUUGCCUUUUCCAAUCUUUUAAUUUCACAUCUUCGCCCGCAGCCAUCUGGGGGACGGGGCGGGAGGAGGGUAGGUAGAGGUCAUCCUUGAGGACCUGGACGUCUAGUGCGUAAAAUCAAGUCCCGCCAGGCGGGAGUUUGGUGUCGACCGACGUUUUUCCCCCCCGUCCGACUGACCCCCCACGUUCAGCGAGCUGUCGGCCCCUUGAAUCUCCACUCGGUCUUCCCCUUUAAUCGUGUUGUGAUUUCUGCCGGCGGCACCGCGUAAUAAAGAACUCGUCUUGAA